UACUUUGAAGCACCCAACAAAAGUCACAGGCUGCACUACCUAACCAUCUGCAUCUCAUAAGGGACCACAGGAGAAGAAGGGGCGAUAAUACCUAGGUGCACGCGACUCCGUGGUUCGACAACCAUGAGGAUUGGGUGUUUGCAAUUUGCACCCCAAGUGGGCGAUGUGGACAAUAACUUGAAUCGCGCUGAUGCAGUCCUCUCGAGAGCGAACCCUGAUGAUCUGGAUGUUCUUGUUCUACCCGAACUGGCCUUUUCCGGGUACAAUUUCAAGUCAUUACAGGAUAUCUCGCCAUUCCUUGAGCCUUCAGGCUCAGGUAUCAGCGCGCUCUGGGCCAGGACGAUGGCUUUGAAGUAUAACUGCACGGUUCUUGUUGGGUAUCCUGAGAAAGUUGACGUCUCUCCCAACUGGCCGACGGGUCCCGAAUAUUACAACUCAGCCAUUGUGGUUAAUGGAGAUGGCGAAACAAUCGCGAAUUAUCGGAAGUGUUUCCUUUAUUAUACGGACGAGUCAUGGGCACUGGAAGGCAAUCGCGGAUUCUUUGAUGGUUAUAUCCCCGGGCUCGGCAACACUUCCAUUGGCAUAUGUAUGGACAUCAAUCCAUACAAGUUCGAAGCACCAUGGCACGCCUUUGAGUUUGCCUUCCAUGUUCUCGAAGUCGAGUCGAAUCUAGUCAUUGUCUCCAUGGCGUGGAUGACGAGAGAAGAUCGCCGUCACUUCAGUCGAAUGCCUAACGAGCCAGAUAUGAAUACGUUGACAUACUGGGUAACACGAUUGGAGCCACUGAUUCGCUCUAACAACGAGGACGAGAUCAUCGUGGUCUUCUGCAAUCGCACUGGUACUGAAGAUGAAGCAACCUACGCUGGAACCAGUGCCGUCAUCGGCAUCCAAGAGGGAGAAGUGAAAGUAUAUGGUUUGCUGGGGAGGGGCGAGAAAGAGUUGUUGGUCGUCGACACCACCAAUCCGCCCUAUGCUAAGAUGGUCUAUCGGCCAGAUGCUGCUGCAUUGGACAGGCAAACUGGCGAACUGGAGCAAGAAAUUGUGGCAAAUGAUCGAAUUCUCUCCGACAAAACAUACAGCUCCUUGGAUCAUGGCUCGUUAUCCGCAAAGUCAGACCAUGGUGUUGGAUCCCUCAUGGACCAUGAACAGCCAGUUGCUAAUGGGCGAGAUUCCAGCCAUGAAGUACCCUCAUCUUCGCAACCGCCAUCUAUGGCUCAUCACUCUCCAUCGACUGAACCCACAAGUCCAUCGGCACCUUCACUUUCCAACCGAAGCGAACCGAUUGCCCACAAACAAUCAUUCAGUAACUCACAGCCAAAGGUCCCGACGAGGCAACCUCCCAAGCAAACUGCGAAGCGACGAACCCCAUCUAUAUCCAUUCCAUCGCAGCUCGAAUCCGUCGAUCACAAUCACGCGACCAGUAAUGGAGAAGGAAACGACGUCCCGACGCCUUCUGCGCCUAGUCCAACGCCACAAGCUGUUCGGCCGCGACUGAUUAUACCGCAGUCAUCAUCACCGGUCUUGAAUCAACAUUCGGAGAACAACAUUCCAAGUGCAACGUCCAUAAGGUCCGCGGAGUCGUUACAGUCCGUCAAGUCGGAUGAGUCGGAAGUUUCAACUCGAACAUUGCGCUCAAAUCCUAGACCACCAGAAGAUAGCACACCAUAUCCUCAUAGCGGCCUUCCUCUCAGUGGGUAUCCAUCGAAUUCGUUCCAGCAUGGUUUUGAGAAGCGCAUAUACGGCGGCGAUGUCACCAUUGAACACGAGGCUGAUGCUUUGUCCCCGACCACCCCAUAUGAUGAAGCCACAGCAUCACCUCGUUGGUUUUGGCGACCGCACGACAGUGUAUUUCGAUCCUCAGCUUCUGGUGGAGUGGAAUGGGCUACAGGCACUCCUAUUGGAAGAAAGCCAGAGCCUUUCCUGUGGUCAGCGAUCAGGGAUAUCUCCUCAUUGCCCGAAGAUGCAAGCGAGAACAAAAGCCCGAGUGGUGCUCCAGGGCCGAAAAGCACCGGAUCCCAGAAUUCCCAGUCUCCAAGAUCGAACACAUCAUCCAAUAAGACGGGCAAGUCAACUCCGUCCGCGGCGGCAAAGACAACCCAGCGUACCAACGCCAAGAAUGAAAAGCAUCCUUCGAGACCUUCCUCGCCCAAAUCGCGCAAUGCGAGCCGCUCUGGAAUCAGGGGCAGGUCUGACUCUUCACUAAGCCCGCAAGAUAUACCGAGCGCAGUAUCACAGCAUAUCGAGCAGAUUUCUCAACGAGCGGAGUCUAGAAAUAGACAUAAUUCGGAUCCUCAGCGACGCGGCUCAGCCGUGGACCAUUCUCCAUUACAGCAGAUGCGAAGUGAUGGCUGGCAGAAGUUUACAUCUGAUUCUGCGGCAGGGCAUUUGAUACCCAUUGCUGCAAGCCCUAGCCUCUUGGGGCCUGGCAGCCGGGCAAACAUACCAACGCCCGUGGCGAUCGAUUACUACCGUCAUGCCACUCCUCGAAGCACUCCUCAUCAUACCAACUACCAACACUUUGAUGGUAAUCGUCAGCUUGGCUUUCUCGACAACAACUUUGUUGGUGGUCACCACGCAUCUGUAGAACAUACGAAGCAGGACCGUAUGUCUUCUCCGAGCAAUCGAGACGCAAUGCCGAAAACAUCACGCUCUGUUAGCAGAGGACGCCAGCCAAGUCGCAGCAAUAAACAUACCGACGCGGUCACACUUGAACCAGACUCUGAGAGAGCUACUUCAGCAGACUCGACCAGAAAUAACAUCCUGCACACGCGAAUUGGCAAGCGACACUCCUACGAAAAGGGCUUGAGCUUCCCGUCAGACGAUGGACACUCUCAUGCUGAAUGUUCACAUACCCAGAAGACCCGAGAUGAACCCAAGUUCGAGAGAGUUGAGGUGGUCAGUUGCCCGGAUUGUCCCAUCCAUGGUCGUCAAUCUACUACGCUAUCGGAGCCCUCCAUGCCUGUUAGGCAUGACAGCCAAGGCGCGAGCCCCGAACUCCAACGAAACGUGAGCUACUCUGCCUCCACGGAGCCAACAAGAGGGAAGGAGGCUGGACCGAAUGAAACCUCAACUCGGGAGGCUACGGCCGCUCACAUACUGACUGGCGCCAAUGGCCGUAUCGGGCAUUCUGUCGCGGAUCAACAAGUGCUCAGGACCAGUUUUGCGCUAUGUAAGAAUCCCGGCCAUGCCACUUUAUCUUCCGAGUCUGGGCCGACUUCCACAAACCCACAAUUCGAUCCCACCACGCCGAGAGCAAUGUUGUUUCGGCCUCAUAGUACGCGUGUUGACUCAUUGCCCAAUGCUGACUCGCGAGGUAAUGAAAAAUCGCCGAGUUGGUUCAUCGUCGAGGAGAAAUCGCACGAAUCUGGACUCGAUUCCACGAUUUGA